AUGACAUCUGUGAAGAACAAUAACAACAUGUUGCCUCCUGAGCCAUCCACUUCCACUUGUGUUGAAAGUAAUGAAGAAGAAGACAACAAUAAUUCAAAGCCUAUUGUUUUGGUUACCAAUGGAGAUGGGAUUGACUCCCCUGGUCUUGUUUUUCUUGUCGAAGCUCUGGUUCGUGAAGGCCUCUAUAAUGUCCAUGUUUGCGCUCCUCAAUCGGACAAGUCAGUAUCCAGUCAUUCUGUGACUUUACAAGAAACAAUUGCUGCAACAUCUGCUGAAAUUAGUGGUGCCAUAGCUUAUGAAGUUUCAGGGACUCCUGUCGAUUGUGUCUCAUUAGCAUUAUCUGGAGCGCUGUUUUCUUGGUCAAAGCCUUUGCUGGUAAUUAGUGGAAUUAAUCGGGGAUCAAGCUGUGGCCAUCACAUGUUUUAUUCGGGUGUUGUUGCUGGAGCUAGAGAAGCCUUGUUUUGUGGUGUCCCAUCCCUAUCAGUAUCAUUGAACUGGAAGAAGGACGAAAGCCAAGAAACCGAUUUUAAGGAUGCAGUUUCUGUCUGUUUGCCAGUAAUAAGUGCUGCUAUCAGAGAUAUUGAAAAGGGGAUUUUUCCAAAGAGCUGCUCUCUGAAUAUUGAAAUCCCCACAUCUCCAUCUACAAACAAGGGCUUCAAACUAACUAAGAGAAGCAUGUGGAGAUCCUCACCUAGCUGGCAAGCUGUUUCAGCUAAUCGGCAUCCUUCGGCUGGACAUUUCAUGUCUAAUCAACAAAGUCUUGGCCUCCAGCUUGCGCAGCUUAGUAGAGAUGCCUCUGCUGCUGGUGCAGCUCGCCGUUUGACCACGCAAAGGAAGAACAUGCUAGAGAUUGAAUCAGUUGGGGCUGCUGGAAAAUCCGAUAGCAACCGUGUGAAAAAGUACUUUCGAAUGGAGUUUCUGGACAAGGAGCAGGAGGAUACAGAUGAGGAUCUGGAUUUCAGAGCACUUGAAAAUGGAUUUGUUGCGAUAACUCCGCUAUCGCUUUCUCCACAUAUCGAAGAGGACACUCACGUAGCAGCCUCAGAAUGGAUCUCUUCGGCAGUUCAUGGCGAUCAAUAA